ACAUUGAGAGAUAGGAAUUAAGGAUGUUGGGAGAUUUCUUCACCAGAGGACUUGUUCUGGUCCUUGGAUAUGCUUACCCUGCGUUUGAGUGUUUCAAAACAGUUGAGAAGAACAGAGUUGAGAUCGAAGAGCUUCGAUUUUGGUGUCAAUAUUGGAUAAUUGUGGCAGUGUUUACAGUCUUUGAGAGAAUCGGAGAUAUAUUCAUUUCGUGGUUGCCAAUGUAUGGUGAGAUAAAGCUUGCCAUGUUUAUCUACCUGUGGUACCCAAAGACCAAGGGAACCAGCUAUAUCUACAAAACUUUCCUGCGGCCAUACAUAUCAAAGCAUGAGACAGAGAUUGACCGGAAAUUGCAGGAGCUGAGGGCCAGGGCAUGGGACGUGGCUACUUACUACUGGCAAAACUGCACAAAAAUAGGGCAAUCAACAUUCAUCCAAGCUCUUCAGUACAUGGCUGCUCAGUCUGGAAAGAUUACAACAACAAAACCCAACGAUGAGCAGCAGCAGCAUAAGAAUGAAAACCCAUACCCAACGGCAGCAGCUCCUCCAUCCUCUCCGACUGGAUCACCAGCAUUUCACCACCGUAUGGCUAACAAGCACAGGCACCCAUCCUCCAAGAGGGGGCGGCCACUACUACCUCCUACAUCUCUUGGCACUGCAAAUCACCACCGGUUCGUGGCCAAUUCACCCAAAUCAGAGGCAGGUCAAGUUCACCUCCACAGCCAAGCAGAAUUCAUACACACUACUACUCAAGAGGAACCCGAACCGAGCUCCGGUAGGGAACCCAGUUCAACCGAUGAAAAAGAAACCGGUGUCGACAAUCAGCUACACGCCGCCCGGCUCCGACUCUGCCGGUCCAAAGGAUUCCAUUAA